AUGAAGUCUACGUUCAAAUCUGAGUACCCGUUCGAAAAGAGGAAGGCCGAAUCCGAAAGAAUCGCCGAGAGAUUUAAGAAUAGGAUACCUGUGAUUUGCGAAAAAGCUGAGAAGUCUGAUAUUCCAGAGAUUGAUAAGCGUAAGUACCUAGUUCCUGCUGAUCUUACCGUCGGGCAAUUUGUUUAUGUUAUCAGGAAGAGAAUAAUGCUUCCCCCUGAAAAGGCCAUCUUUAUUUUUGUUAAUGACACUUUGCCUCCCACUGCGGCGCUGAUGUCUGCUAUAUAUCAAGAACACAAGGAUAAGGAUGGGUUUCUGUACGUGACUUACUCUGGAGAAAACACUUUUGGUUGGUAG